AAGUGUUCCUUAAAAUUCCCGUAAAGUCGUCUGAUUACUCGAAGAGUUUACAGCGGAAGCAAAGGCGGCGGUUCCUUCACAAUAAGAUUUCCGACGACCUUACGCUGAGGCAAAAUGCGGGAAGCGUGGACUUUUACUUUGACGGGCAUAACCGGAAGCGUGAUGUAAAACCACGACCUGCUUGUCGGGUGUGACUGCUUCAAAAAAAAAAAAGCAGCAGAGCGACGAAGGACCUCAGGUUUUCGAAGUCUCUUCAACCUUCUAAAAAGUUUUAUUUAAGAAAAACCCAAAACUUCCACAUUAGAGAUGCCGAGCAGCGGCUCCCCGGCUGCUUCUGACGGGAUGUUCUGCAGGCUUGUGGACGAGGAGGACGAGUUGGACCACAAUCCAGAUGUGCAGUUAAACGCCCGCCCACUGAGACCCCUGAUGACCAGCGGGCCGGGACGGUACCGCCUCGCCACCAUCUGCCUGACCACAAUGUGCGGCAUCCUGCUGAUCUCCAUCAUCGCCAUCAGUGCACACUACAAGGGCAAGGCUGCGGGUGGCGCUGCGGCGCAGGACGUGGACGCUAUGAGUGCCACCAUCAGCAAGCUGCAGCAGGAGAAGGCGGAUCUGCAGAGCGAACUGGCCGCCAGGACCGCCGCUACAAGUGGAGGGCGCCACACGGGGCCAGCUGACGUGAACGUGGAGGUCAAAGAAUCAGGUCCGAAAACGGUGGCGCCCACGACGCGGGUGGCGCCGACCCCUAUCCUGUGUCCGAUGGAGUGGCUCCUCUUCAACGGCAGCUGCUACUACAUCUCGCGGGUGUCCAGGGACUGGCCGGAGAGCAAGUCCUUCUGCGAGAGCAAAGGAGCUCACCUGGCCAUCGUCAUCACGGCUGAGGAGCAGACCUUCCUGUGGGAUCAACUUCCCAGAGGCCACUGGAACGCGUUCUGGAUCGGGAUCACCGACGGCCACACGGAAGACCAUUGGAUCUGGGUCGACGGAACGCCGUUGAUAAGCAGCUUCUGGGAGGAGGGCGAGCCUAAUAACCACAUCGACGAGGACUGCGGCUACAUCGUGAAGACCCAUGUCCUGGAGCGCGUGGCGGUCCGAAGCUGGUACGACGCCCCCUGCGACAUGUACCGCCGCUUCAUCUGCGAGAAGGAGAUGGGUGGCGCUCGCAGCACCGCCCUGCCUCACUGAAGGGCGGCGCCAUGGCGACGUACGUAAUCACGUUAGCAGAACUUAGCGCACACUUGAACCUUUUAUAUGUCCCUUUUAGGUUGUAAAUAAAUAAAAUAAUGAUCUUUUAUACAAAUUGAAGUGGUUCAGAAAUGUGGGAAAUUACGUUAAUUCCAAUGUGAAUUUACGGGCAGGGAAAUGUGGUUUCCCAGGAAAAUAUGGAAUUUUUGCAAUGUAGAAAAUGUAUAGCUUGUAUGUUUGGAAUGAGCGCAAGGUUUCGGGGUUAAUAGGUUACAAACCCCGUUUCCAUAUGAGUUGGGAAAUUGUGUUGGAUGUAAAUAUAAAC